GUGUGUCUUAGUAGCUAGACUAUCCCCUUUAGGCAGCGAUAAACGGCUGAAAUUGCACCUUAACAUUAGUGCGUUUUGCGAAUAUUGUUUAUUGAAAGUUGAUGGUAUACGUACAGUUUCCAAAUGGAGACGAAACUUUUAGGUAACUUGUCAAGAGUGUCAUCCAACCCUAAAGUAACAGCAGUCCAAUGUAUUGAUUCGGAUGGCCUUUGUAUUGCCUCUCACGGGACUGUAAAUGAUCAAACCACAGGAGUUCUCAGUAGCAUAUACAAACAUGCAGCAGGUAUUGAAGAAAGCUCCGAAUCGCCAGUGUUAGUAAUUGAGUUUGAGUCAAAAUCAAGUAUUUUGUGUGAAGCGUAUGGGAUUUUAACUGUUGUUCACAAGAAUCAGUGACACCGCACCAACAGUCACACGGUGACAACUGCCUUCAGGUUUCGGAGUCCUUCGAAGUAACACUGAUACCUCCAAAUAUAAAGCUACUCAAUAAAAUCUCGGCUAUCAUCAUUGUAUAAAUUUCUUAAACAUGAUCAUUUACUCAUUAUGUCCAAGUUUAUUUAAAAUAUAUCCUACACUGUU